AUGAGUUCGUUCUUAUCUGCAGAUACUCAUAGCACUUUGGCGCCAUAUCUGUCAGCAGAGGUAACUCAUAAGGAUUUUCGUUCUGGGAUCUACGGCGAUAGCGCCUCAACCCAGAAAGGACAGCAUCUGUUGAAGCACCAGAACCAAUACAUUGAUGGCCUCUUAAUAGAUAAAGAGGCAGAUCUUGCAAGUCAUGUGCAGCGGAUCUUCGAUCUUAACGACCCAAUAAGGCGCUUGUAUCUGCUCUACCUUUCGCAACAAGCCGACAUUACAGAGGUGGAGGUCUGCCUUUUAAAGGAGAUCAUGUGCCUGCGGGCCAUUGUUGUGGGCUAUCUAGAAUACACCGAUACAUGGCAUGAGCAUCUCCAGGUACUACCGCUGAGCGCGUCAUUUCGUACUCUAAGUGCAAGCCUAGCUUCUCGUCUGAGUGAAGAGUUGACAGAGAGGCUAGACAGGCUCACAAAUACAUGUGCAGUUCAGACAGUGGCACAAAGCAUGACCAGUGUUCACACUCAAACCUUGAAUCAAGGUUUGUCUAGAGCACUUGCUGCUAGUGGGUUAGCAGAUGAAAGCGAUGCACUCAUCACAAGUGCUGUUUCUUCUAGCGGGGUCAGACUCCCAACACAGACACAUAAUCCGCUUGUUAGCAAAGUGAAGCAGUUACAUGACCUUCUUGCAGAAAAAGAGGCCCGCAUUGCAGAGCUUUCUACAGAUCUCGCUGAGGCACGCCAACAAAUAGCUAAUCAUCGCGAUUCGUUACAUAUUACAGAUUUGUAUACGGAGAAGCAAUCUGGCUUCUCUGGGCCAUUUCCAGCCAGCCAAGAUUCUAAGUUGGUUGUUAAACAGAGAUCUACAAGCGCAGGGGUGUAUACGGCAAAAUCUGCAUGUGAGCCGCUAGUAGCUCCAUCUCAGAGAGCCUCUUCCAUACCAGAUCAUCAAAAUGCCCACAGUAAUACCCAGACAAUCGUCUCGGCUGAACUAGUGCCAAAGACAGUGCUAGUGAAUCUACACAAGUCUAUCUCGGAACGAGACACUCUUCUGGCAGAAAAAUGUGAAAUAAUAACCACUCAACAGAAAGAGAUUUCUUGGUUGAAGGAGAUGUUGCGAAUGCAUGAAGCAGAAAAAGAAAGAGUUGCCCUACAGUCGACCACGUGCCACCAACCAGCUUCGCUCGUGCAAUCUAAUACUAUAGAGUCUGAUCACCCACUAGAUAAGCGGAACAGUAGAGUGUCUUUUAGCAUGGAUGCUUCGACACCAUCUAAGCGGGCUCGUUCUAAGAAGUCCCGAACAGUCGAGGCAAUGAUUGACGCCCUAGAGUUAGAGUCGCAGGUGAUGUCCCUGAAAAACCAAAUCUCUAAACUCCCCGCAUCUGAAGAUCUGGUUGAGGAUGCGGUGACCCGCUUAGCAUUCCUCGAGCAAGAACUUACUCAGAAGUCCAUCAGCUUGACAGACCUUAAGGCCUCUGCAGGCUCACCUCUCAGCCAAGCCGUCUCUCCACAGGUUUUUGACGACGAUAUCUCCAGAUUGAUUGCUGAUCACCAAGCGGUCUUUGCAACGGUUGAACGGUCCCUCUCACAAGCAACCAAAUGA